AGGCACACACCAAGAACGCCAGUGAUGACACUUCACUACAAGACAUUUGGAGGGUCGGACCAUGGAGGUAAAAAUAUUUCGAAGUCGAGCCCUGUGACAUGAUAAGGAAAGUCAGAUUAUAGUUAGGUGACAGGGCGAGAUACUUGUCGACUACACCAAUAUCCUAGCCUCGGUGCCAGGGUGGGGUAGCCAGCGACAUUAGGGAACGGUUAAAGAGGAUGACACCCAGGCUACCAAUACUAGUAUCCCACAACACGAGAUUACACGGAGCCUACAUAUGUAGCUAUGUCAUCUGGGAAGUGCUAAAAUCCGUCAAGAUCCCUGCACCAUACAUGCCUUACAGAAAUAUCGACUGCAAUCAGUUAAAGGUCACCCUCCCCUUGUGCCAAAAAUGCCGGUAGCGAUCCACCCCGCAAACCUGUUGGACGGCUUCGGACACUGGGUGGUGUUUAUAAAAUAUUAGCCAACAGACAACAUAUAGUAGUAGUCUAGUCAUCAGGACGCAUACGCGCACUCUGCUGUGGUUAAAGUAGGGUUUCGGCUCGUUGUACCUUACAAUCUCCGCAAAUUUCCUUCCAAGCAUCCCGUAAACAACAGGCUCACCAAAGGAUUGUAACCAGGGAGGUGGAAUUCCUCUAAUGAGGAUCACAAAAUGGCGAAAAAAGAGACAGAGUGGCAAUGCUUGGACCAGGACGACAAGGAGAUUUUGGGUCGAAUUGCCAUGACCCAAGACAACGAGAACAACACGAGCCUUCAGUGGCUGUUCUCGCGUCUUCAGGGCAACCCUACGGUCGACGGAGACUUUGACGCGGAAGAGAAAGAAAGACUUCAACUAGAACAACUGAAGGAAGAGCCCAAGAACUUGUUGCUAGCAGGAGAAGGGUUGUUUUUAGCCCUCUUCUCCGGAGUGAGUUUGUCGAGCUCGUCCAUUCUGGCCCGACUGGCGGCCAGCUCAGGAGUGCCCGACAUGCAGGUGGUGUUCUUUAACGAACUGGCGGCGUUUAUCCUGUUCGUCCCACUAGUGUUGGCAUGCCGAGGGCCUCUGUUGGGAGAGAACUGGAAACAUACGGGGCUACUUUUUCUCGCAGGUGUCGGUCGCACGUUCGUGACGGUGUGGUUCUACGUGUCCGUGUUCUACAUCCCACCGGGCAACAGUUUCGCCAUCCAGCGGGGCGCCACGCCGCUCUUCGCCGCCCUCAUGGCGCUGGCCUUCCUCGGGGAGAAGCCGGGCUGCGCCAGCUCCAUCGGCAUCGUCCUAAACCUCCUGGGCGUCGUGUUACUCACACAGGGACCUACGUACGGGUGGGAGGAGCUGGAAAAGACGUUCGGCAUCAGCCCUGGACAUGAACCGAACGUCUCGCCCGUUCUCAUCGGUAACGCGCUCGCCAUCGUGUCGGCGCUAGGUCUGGCGGCAGUGAACGUAGUGAGUCGAGGACAGCUCGCCAGCACACCCUUGUUGACGGUCCUGUUCUGGAUGGAGUCGCUAGGAGUCGCCAUCACGCUACCUCUCAUGUACAUGUUUCCUAGGAAACCCGUGUGGGACUUGGAGGGAAAGGUGUACGGAUACCUCACAGGAGCAGGUUUCAUAUACACGGUCGGCAUCGCCUGUCUGUACCGCAGUUUGAAGCUGGAGAAGGCGUCGACUGUGGCCCUCCUGCGAAACGGGAACGUCAUACUGGCGUAUCUGAUGCAGGUUUUCAUCCUGCACAUCCACCCAGCAGGGAUGGAGAUCGCUGGAGCAGUGUUGGUCCUGAUCAGCACGGCCAUAGCCACCAUGGUGACGUGGCUCCAGAACUGGAAGAAACGUUCUGAGGAGGUUCGACAGAGACUUGAGGCAGAGAUGUCCGAAAGAAAGAGAUUACAGGAGGACGGGAGUUAAAUGUUAAAGUUUUUAAUUCAGAACCACUUGUUUAAACAAGAGUCGACGUUUUCGUCUGUUAUCUUUGUUUCAUCAGGGCGUUUAUGACUGAUUCACUGUGCAGAGUAAAAUAACAAAGUUCUUUAUUCAAAACCACUUGUUAACAAGAGUAACGUUUUGAUGACCGUCUGUCAUCUUCAUCAGGGCAGUUAUGACUGAUUUGCUGUGUACUGAAUGGAGAUGUAGGUCCACUAUACACUAAAGCUAGGUGCACUGCUAACAAUGCAAAGUAAUUGUGACAUACAUAUACAUUGUAUAUUGUUACAACACGUGAGAUAUGCGGUCCCAAGUGUGUCGUUAUAUACAACAUGAUAUUGUUCACCAACAAUAUUGAGUAGCAACUUAAGAUACGACAGACAAGUGGUCAGUUUCUACCUUUAUGAUCUAAAUACUAGUAGCUUAUUUCGGAUCAUUUCGAUCAGUUAACCGUAUUGCUAACUAAUUUGUAACUUAGGUUUAUUUAUGUCGAACCAUCAGUUAACCGUAUAACUAACUGUUUUGUAAGUAAUCUUUGAACAAUCGAGGCGGUACUAAUAAUGAUUGAAUCAGUACAAAUCUCUUGUUCUUUGAUAAGAGAACAGCGUUUAUUAGGAUUAUAGUUUUGAUCGAUCAAUAUUGGAUACUAAAUGAUUAAACUCUCACAAAACUA